AUAGAAAUUGAUAGAACGAACGACAACACAUAAUAUUAUUGUGCGACGUAGAUUUUAAUUUAUACACAAUUAAAAACAAUAUUACAUCAUUGUUUAAUUUAAACAACACAACAAAAUGGCAAGUGCAGCAGUGUUAGCUGGUAUUGGAAUGGCAGGUGUUGGUUUUGGUAGACAAUAUAUUGCUCGUCAAUUGCCAAAUUUAUCACAAAAAGCUAGUAAAGCAUUUCAAGGUUUGUCACAACUUGAUGCAGCAUCAAUAGCAAAUAAUAAAUAUUACAAAGGUGGCUUUGAACAGCCAAUGACUAAAAGAGAAGCUAGGUUAAUACUGUCAUUAUCACCAGCUGCAAAUAAAUCAAAAAUAAAUGAUCAAUUUAAAAAAUCAAUGUUUGCUAAUCAUCCCGAUCGUGGUGGUUCACCUUUUAUUGCAACUAAAAUUAAAGAAGCCAAAGAUGUGCUAGAAAAAUAAACAUCGUUUGGUUUGGAAUUAGUGUUAUUUAUUUUAUAAUUAUUUACUUGAAAAAAUAUCAAUAAAAUUAAUAGUUAAAACGA